CUUUCUGCUAAAGGAAAACAUUUAAACCUGCAAUUUUAUUAGAUUACUUGCUUCAUUAGUCUCAACGCACAAUAUUCUUUUGUGUCCUUGUAGAGAUGAUACGUAUUUGUGUUUUCGGUUCUUGUAAUGUAGAUUUAACUUGUCUAGUAAGCCAGCAGCCGAAGAAAGGAGAAACUAUUCUUGGGAAUCAUUUAAAAAAAAGUUCUGGGGGAAAAGGGGGAAAUCAAGCGGUUAUGGCAGCCAGACUAGGAGCAAAAACUUCACUUAUUGGAAUGGUAGGAGAAGAUAUAUUCGGCGAUUAUUUAAAGUCAGAACUUUCUUCACAGAACGUUAUAAUAAGCUAUAUAUUGACUUCUAAAACUAUUCCAACUGGCAUCGCUUUUAUAACUGUUGAUCAAGCUGGAGAAAAUCAAAUAGUAGUUUGUCCGGGAGCCAACACUUCUUUAAGCACAAAAGAUCUCGAUUCGUUAUCACACGUUAUUGCAGACAGCAGUAUAUUUAUAACCCAACUUGAAUGUGAUCCCGCAACUGCUUUGCAUGGUUUGAAAGUUGCCAAAAAUUCUGGCGUUACCACCAUUUUCAAUCCGUCUCCCGUUUCCGAACACUUUAACCUUGAUUUCUUUAAAUAUUCAGACUUUGUUAUACUUAACGAAACAGAAGCAGCAGCGAUUAUAGGUGAUGGCAUCCUAAACAUUCCCUCUGCUAAGUCUGCUGUUAUAAAAUUAAGGAAACUUGGAUGUAGCAAUGUUAUACUAACUUUAGGCGCCAAUGGUGCACUUGUUUUUGCCAAUGAACCCAGGCCUCAAGAAGAUCUAAUUUGGCACUGUCCGGGAGUGAAAGUGCCUUGUGUUGUUGAUUCUUCCGGCGCCGGAGAUUCUUUUAUUGGGGCAUUUUCUUUUUUUUUUGGUAGCACGAAAAAAAACUGUCAUAGAGAUCGCGUACACUCCGCGGUUGACAGAGCUAACAAAGUGGCGGCAGCGGUCGUGGAAAAACAAGGGACCCAACAAAGCUUCCCUAAAAAAAGUGACCUACCUAAAGAUCUUUUUAGGGACAUAGAAAAUUGCUAAAGA